UUUUCAUGCACUUGCCAACUCCUCACUUCCUUCCCCUCGUUUUUAUUUACCAAAAUAUUCAGCUCCACAUCUAAAUAUCUCUCUACAUUUUCCAAACACAUUGUCUUUAUUAUCGAAGCCAACUGUUACAAACUCACAUUUUUUAGAUAUGAGCCAACAUUGUGCCUUCAACUUCCUCUUCUUCUUCUUCAUUAUCUUCUCCACAAUUUUCCCUCGAAAUGUCGUCGCCAAUGAACCGAAAUCUCCGCUUGCACCGGCAUUAUAUGUCCUGGGGGACUCGCUGUUCGACAGCGGAAAUAAUAAUCUUUUGCCAACACUAGCCAAGGCUAAUUUCAUGCCGUAUGGCCGCAACUUUGCUACAGGCUCUACUGGAAGAUUCACCAAUGGACGCACUGUCGCAGAUUUUAUCGCUGAGUUUCUCGGGCUGCCCUAUUCUCCGCCGUACAUUAGUUCUCUCCGGAGAUCGUCUACCACUACGGGGUUCAACUACGCAUCUGGCAGCUGUGGAAUUCUACCGGAAACUGGAUUAUACAUUGGAAAAUGCCUGAAUUUAGGUGAUCAGAUAAACUUGUUCAAAAGGACAGUGAAUGUGAAUCUGGCGAGACAAUUUGAAAGCUACUCAGAGAUAAAAGAUUACUUGUCCAAAUCUAUAUUUGUUAUCAGCAUUGGAAGUAAUGACUACCUCAACAAUUACCUUCAACCAGAUAUUUACGCUUCCAGCCUCCGCUACUCUCCUCAAUCCUUCGCUAAACUUCUAAACGACGCUCUCUUUCAACACCUUCAGAAGUUGUAUAAGUUGGGAGCUAGAAAAGUGGUGGUGUUCGAGCUGGGGCCAAUCGGGUGCAUUCCAUCCGUAACAAGGCAGUAUAAACACAGUGGAAAAUGUGUCGAGGAAAUCAACCAGCUUGUGAAUAUAUUCAACACCCAGCUUCGCACAACACUAGCCACACUGACGUCCACUCUCAAAGGCUCAGCUUUUGUGCUAGGCCAUGCUAAUGGACUUGGAUAUGAUGCCGUUAUCAAUUCUAAUGCCUACGGAUUAACCGAUUCGAGCAAUCCAUGCUGCGUUACGUGGCAAAAUGGAACAUCUGGAUGCAUUCCUGGGACCUGGCCUUGCGGCGAUGCAGACAAACACUACUUCUGGGAUGGCUUUCAUCUCACUGAAGCUGUAUAUUCUGUUCUAGGAAGACAAUGUAUUAAUGACAACAAGAUUUGCACUCCCAUGAGUAUCAAGCAACUUGUACAAGCUUAAUUACAUCAAAAUGUAUUCAUUUUACUUUUUCUUACAUGCUGAUC